AUGGACGUCAAUGGAAGCAAGAGCAGCAAGAGUGGCAAGAGCCGCCGAGAGGAGACCGCCUCCUCACGGCGAGCCCCGCACCCUCCAUCGUCGUCGCGGCCCCACCGCAUACAAGCAUCGCCGCGGACGCCUUCGCGGAGGAGCCCAGGCAGGCGUCACCGACGCCGCCCGUACGCCUCGACACCUGACCGCCGCUGCCCAGCUACCCUGUCGCCUCACCGCCCGGCCCCCGCGCAAGACAGGCCCGCAGAUCCUCCGCCAGCCCAGCAGGGAGAGCCAGCCGCCUCACCUCGGGGCCGCAACUACCGCGACUUGGCCACCUGUACGAGCCAGGAGGGAGUGGACCCCCAGUGGCUUAUGUCUAGUCGAGGCCCUGGCGCCGGCAGGAGAGGGCCCGUGUUUGGACGCCUCCGACCCGUCUUUACCGUCUUUUUCAAGGAACGCCCCAGGGAUGCCGCCAGGGCAAUGCUGGCACGGGCGGCCCGGGAGGCGGACUUUGCUCAAUGGCUGCUGACCACAGGCACUGGCCAUGCUGCGAGAGCGGGUCCGUCCGAAGGGCUGCCAGUGGGGGCCGGGACGGCGACGGCGGGGACGACGGAGGCCGAGAGGGCAGCGGUGACGGCGACGGCGCGGACGACGGAGGCCGGGAAGGCAGCGGCGACGGCGGGGACGACGGGGACGACGGACGCCGGGACGGCAGCGGCGACGGAGGACACGACCAUGGCUACGGUAGGGGCUGCGGCGACACCACUGGGGGCACCGACGGUACCCACGGCAGAGCCGCAAGUGCAGGAGGGCAUGGACGUUGACCGGGCCCUCCUUGCCUUCUCCGAGGAGGAAUAA